AUUGUGCACUUCGAUUCUGAUUUAAUAAUAUUGCAAAUUUUAAGAAUUUUAAAAAUGGGAAAAUCACAGAAACAUGUGAUUUUCAUUUUGCUUUUUUAUUUUCUCGAGCCAUUUGAUAUUUUCAAAAGUGGAAAUUUCAUAAAUUCAGUUUCCGGAUUGAGUCAAAAACUUGGACGUUUCAUUUCUUUCGAUUCAAACGACGGUAAAAUUGAAGUUGAAUUAGAUUUGGCAGUUCCAUUUGUAUCAAUCCCGUUUAAUACUAAAAAAGAAAAAAGUGGAUUGCCAACACCUUUGUUGACGGUCAAUACACAGGGAAUUGUUGUUAUGGGAAUUUUAGUAGCCACAAGUGCUUUCAUUGUGCCACUAUUCUUUAAACCCAUUUCGACACCAAAUACACCGGGACAACGAUUUCGAAUGGAAGAAGAUGCCCAGUGGACAUUGGGAAAUAGGGUUAAUGAGGUUUUGUUAAAUAACGGACUUGUAACUCCCUGUUUGCAACGGAUAUUGUGCUCAAUGGUGACGACAGUGAAAAACACGGAUCAUCCGACAAGUACGGACAAAAUUAUCGAUGGUGUCGUCAGUCACACUUGGUUCGAGCAAUUUGUUAAUGGAAGUGUGCUAAUGGAUGCGAUUACAACAGGUCAAGGAUCACAAAAAGAUUGUGAUGCAGCAUAUAAAUCGUGUCCUGUCUCGCAACAAAUGAUUGCCAAUUCAUUAAGACUGUUAAGUUUUCUUUAG